AUGGAAGCUUUGAAACGGUUAAUAGAAAAGAGAACGGAAAGGAUUGCAGUUGUGGAGAAGAUCGGUAGUUCAUCCGAAGUGGAGUUUAUUUUACCAGAAAGAGUAAACUUUUACUUUGCCACUCUACGUAUACUCCAUCAAUUGAGAAAAAAAACACCAGAGCCAGUCAAAGGGAUGCAAAUACAAGAAAUAAUUAGCUUGAUAUGCGCCCUAGAUCAGGCUACUAGUGUAUAUGGAGCAUUGGUCACUUCACCUAAAAGCGAUAUUGAAAAUUAUGAAGAGAAAGUUGAAAACAAUAUGAGGAUUAUCAUCAACUCAAUCAACACUUUAGGCUUUAGAGAUGUUUUCCAAAAAGAGGUCCAAUACUCUAAUAAAGAGAAUUUAGACCUGCAUAAGGCACAAAGGAUUAUUCCGGGUGUUUUUUUGGGAGGAAGUGCUGUUGCAAGUGACCUUAAAAAGCUCAAGAACCUUGGAAUUACUCAUAUUGUAUGUUGUUUACAGGGUGCAUGCAAGUUUAAAAAUGAAUUUCUAUACUUGAAUAUUCCUAUCUACGAUACUCCAUUUGAGGAUAUUAGUAAAUAUUUCUCUUCUUCUUAUGAUUUUAUACAUAAUGCAUUAUGUAAUUCUACUGUGGAAAAACCUAAUAAUGUUUAUAUACAUUGUGCUGCAGGAAUUAGCAGAGCUCCAACAAUCUGUACAGCUUUUCUAAUGAGAGAGUUGGGGAUCAGCUCUAUACAAGCUUUAAAUCUAAUUAAGUUGUCUAGACCGUAUGUGGCGCCAAACCCUGGUUUCUUAAAUCAGUUAUAUAACUAUCAGCUGUUCUUGACCUCAGCAAAAAUAUUCCGUAAAAAACAACAAAUCUCCAGUUCUAAUCAGACCCAAAUUUAUGCUCAACAGGGUAUUCCAUGCCAGACUCAUUUAAAAAGAAACGUUGGGAGAAUCAAAUAA